AUGAGUGAAACAGUGUUGAAAUUGAGAAAAGAAUAUCGGAGGGACAAGGCCUUAGGGAGACAGAAUGGAGGAGCCUUCCAGUGUCCUUCAGAAGGGUUCCACCCACAUCCCAACGACUGCAAGAUCUUCUACCGCUGUGUGGAAUGGGGAUCUUCCGGACAACCUCAGCUGACAGCCUUCCAGUUCGAGUGUGGUCCUGGAUCUGUCUUUGACAAAGACAGCGCUAUCUGCAUCCACGCCUCAGCUUCUCCAAGAGCAGAGUGUAGAGCCCUUGCUCCUCCUCCGGACCCAGAACCUGAACCUGGCCCAGGGGAAGGAAAUAACGAUGUUUCUCCUGUAGCCAACCCAGAACCAGGACAGUCACAGCCCGUUAGACCUGCAUAUCCAGAGUCGAAGCCUUCAGGAGGGGCGGAGUAUCCUGAUUAUGACGGAGGAACUGGAGGAAAUGAGGACGGCGAAUCACAAGGAUCAAACGAACAAAAGGUUGAAACACCUCCAUGCGCUGGAGAAGGGUUUUUUGGAGUCAAGGGAGCUUGCAGGCAGUUCUACAGAUGUGUGACUGAUGGAGCCGGAGGGUAUGUAAAGUACGACUUUUUAUGUGUCAAAGGCACAGUAUGGGAUGAGGCGACUGAGUCUUGUAAUCACGCUUGGGCAACCAAGAGAGAUGAUUGUAAAGAAGAACCAUCUGGGGAGGGAAGUUCAUCUAGUCAGCAAGUCGGAGGCCAUCCUCAGCAAGGUGGAACACCACCAAUCAGCACCGUGACUGAGGGAAGCAAUAGUUUUUCGUCGAGUGAGUCGUCGGUUUCAAGUGGAUCUACGGGAUAUCCAUAUCCAGGAAGCUCAGGAGGGAGUUGGUCCUCAACGACGGCCCAGCAAGGCCAAAUAAGUGGAACAAACCAACCAAGUGGAUCUGUUGUUUCAACUGAGGAACCGGACACACCUGAAGGUGAAGAAGAUAGUUCUGAUAGUGGAGAAUGUUCUUCAGAAGGGUUUAUGGAGGUCAAAAACAACUGCAAGAAGUUUAUAAGGUGUGUCUCUAAUGGCGAAGGAGGGUUCACAAAGCAUGAAUUCAAGUGUGCUGAAGGAACAGUGUGGGAUCAGACUCAAGAGACUUGCAACCAUCCGUACUUAGUCCAAAGGCCAGAUUGUGGAUUAACGACUCCUCGAGCUCCUCUAUCGGACUCGACCUUAGAUGAUUCAACAAUAACACAAACUUGGUCAAAUAGUACAUCUAGUAGUAGCAGUUCAAGCGCAUCGUCUGCAUCCUCUUGGAAUACAACGACUUCGAUAUCAAACAACAAUAACGGACAAACUACUUCGUCUGCUGGUGGAAGUCAGUCAGCUAUGGAAUCUAGCAGCAAUCAAAUGUCUUCUGCUUCUGGAGGUUCUACAACUACGACGUUAGGAAGUAGUCAAAGUGGUUCCGGGAGCUCACAGAACCAACAAUCAUCUUCUUCUGGUGGCCAGUCUCAAACAGCUUCAGCAGCAAACAAUCAGCAAUCUUCCUCCUCAGGAAGUAGUAGUCAAAGUACUUCUGCUGCAAAUAAUCAGCAAGCUUCCUCAUCUGGUGGUAGCACUCAAACUACUUCGUCAGGAAGUAACCAACAGGCAUCAUCUUCAGGAAGUAAUACUCAAACAACAUCAGCUGCCAACAACCAGCAAUCAUCGUCAUCUGGUAGUAAUACCCAAACCACAUCAGCUGCUAAUAAUCAACAGUCUUCGUCUUCUGGUAGUAAUACCCAAACCACAUCAGCUGCUAACAAUCAACAGUCUUCGUCUUCUGGUAGUAAUACCCAAACCACAUCAGCUGCCAAUAAUCAACAGUCUUCAUCUUCGGGUGGUAGUACACAGACAACUUCGGCAGCUAAUAACCAACAAUCGUCAUCCUCAGGAAGUAACGCACAAUCAACAUCAGGAAACAACCAACAAUCUUCUUCUUCUGGAGGUAGUAGUCAAACAGGUUCUACCGCAAGUAAUCAACAAUCAUCAUCAAGUGGUAGUGGUACUCAGACAACGGCUUCUGGAAGUAAUCAACAAUCAUCAUCAAGUGGUAGUGGCACCCAGACAACGGCUUCUGGAAAUAAUCAACAGUCUUCAUCAAGUGGUAGUGGCACACAGACAACGGCUUCUGGAAGUAAUCAACAGUCUUCAUCAAGUGGUAGUGGCACUCAGACAACGGCUUCUGGAAGUAAUCAACAGUCUUCAUCAAGUGGAAGUGGUACUCAGACAACGGCUUCUGGAAGUAAUCAACAGACUUCAUCAAGUGGUAGUGGUACUCAGACAACGGCUUCUGGAAGUAAUCAACAGUCUUCAUCAAGUGGAAGUGGUACUCAGACAACGGCUUCUGGAAGUAAUCAACAGACUUCAUCAAGUGGUAGUGGUACUCAGACAACAGUAUCCGGGAGUAAUCAACAAUCUUCCGGAAGUCAGGGUUCAUCAACUACAUCAAAUCAGUCUGGAUCAACAUCAGGAUCAAACUCACAAACAACAUCGUCAGGAAAUAAUCAAGGUGCCACGAUUAGUGCUGGUCAAGUUACACCUCCUCAACAAACAACCACUCCUAAACCUCACCCGACUCAGAGUACUAAGCCACAACCGGGUCAACCAAGUUAUCCAAGCCAACCUAGUGGUCCCAGUCAACCGAACAAACCAAGCAAUCCUAAUCAACCGGUAUACCCCAGUCAACCGAGUGGUCCAAGCCAACCCGGUUAUCCCAGCCAGCCUGGAUACCCCAGCCAGCCUGGACACCCAAGCAACCCUGGAUACCCUAGUCAACCUAGUGGUCCAAGCCAGCCUACACACCCUAAUCAACCCGGAUACCCAAGCCAACCUAGCUACCCUAGCCAACCUGGAUAUCCAGGUCAACCGAGUGGACCAAGCCAACCCGGUUAUCCGAGCCAACCUAGCCAACCUGGAUACCCAAGCCAACCCGGUUAUCCAAGUCAACCUGGUCAAUCUAGUCAACCAGGAUAUCCAAGUGCCCCCAGUCAACCAACGUACCCGAAUACACCAAAUCAACCUAUUUCCCAAGGCCCUUGUAAGCCAGGAGAAUGUCCAGGUGAAGGAUUCUACCCGGUGCAAGGAGAUUGCUCUAAAUUUAUUAGAUGUGUCAAUAAUGGAGCUGGAUACACAAAGUAUGAGUUUACUUGUGGUGCUGGUACUGUGUGGGAUCCAGACAUUAUCGGAUGUAACUACCCAGGAGCAGUGAAAAGGAACGACUGUAAGGACUCGAGCACUAGUUCAGCACAGCCAGGUGGGCAAUCAGGAUACCCAGGACAACCCGGACAACCGGGACAACCAGGACAGCAAGGACAGCAGGGACAGCAAGGAUAUCCAGGACAGCCUGGACAACCAAGUCAGCCAGGAUAUCCAGGACAACCAGGGCAGUCGGGACAACCGGGACAACCAGGACAGCCCGGUGGGCAGCCAGGAUAUCCUGGACACCCGGGGCAACCAGGACAACCGGGACAACCAGGUCAACCGGGACAACCAGGUCAACCGGGACAACCAGGUCAACCAGGCCAGCAAGGUCAGCAAGGAUAUCCAGGACAACCUGGACAACCUGGACAACCAAGUCAGCCAGGAUAUCCAGGACAACCAGGGCAGCCGGGACAGCCGGGACAACCAGGACAGCCCGGUGGGCAGCCAGGAUAUCCAGGACAGCCAGGACAACCAGGUCAGUCAGGUGGGCAGCCAGGAUCUCCAGGACAACCGGGACAACCAGGACAGCCGGGACGGCCAGGAGGAUCUGAAGGACGGCCAUCAGGAACAUCACCAAUGACUCCUGAGCCCACAACUCCAAAACCAACAAAUGGACAGUGUUCAUCAGAAGGGUUCUUCCCAGUCAAAGGAGACUGCCGUAAAUUCUUCAGGUGUGUGAAUAACGGAGCUGGAUUUACUAAGUACGACUUUAGUUGUGGUCCAGGAACAGUAUGGGACCCAGAGAUAACCGGAUGUAAUCAUGCUUGGGCCGUUAAGAGGCAAGAUUGUGGAUCAAGUUCGGGAGGGACAGAUGAGAGUAAUGAGAUUCCAGGAUCAGAAGGUUCUAUUAAACCCAUUCACCAGGGACCAAGUCAGCCAGGCUAUCCAGGACAGCCAGGACAGCCAGAUCAACCAGGACAACCAGGACAACCGGGACAACCGGGACAACCAGGACAACCGGGACAACCAGGGCAUCCAGGACAAUCUGGGCAAUCUGGUGGGCAGCCAGGACAUCCAGGACAAACAGGACAACCAGGUCAGUCAGGGCAAUCUGGCUCACAACCGGGAUAUCCAGGGCAACCGGGACAACCAGGACAGCCAGGCCAGCCAGGACAACCAGGGCAACCAGGGCAGCCAGGACAUCCAGGACAGCCAGGACAAUCUGGUGGACAGCCAGGAUAUCCAGGGCAACCAGGACAGCCAGGACAACCGGGACAACCAGGAGGACAAGGACGGCCAUCAGGAACGUCACCAAUGACUCCAGACUCCACUACUCCUCAACCUGUAUCACAUGGAGACUGUUCCUCUGAAGGUUUCUUCCCAGUUGAAGGAGACUGCAAUAAAUUUUACAGAUGUGUAAGUGACGGUGCUGGGUUUACAAAAUACGACUUUAGUUGUGGACCAGGUACUGUCUGGGAUCCAGAGAUAACAGGUUGUAAUCAUCCCUGGGCCGUAAAACGUAAAGACUGCAAAACGGGCCCUGGUGGAACUGAUGAAAGCAAUGAAAUACCGGGAUCAAUGAAUCAAAACAAACCGGAGCAUCCAGGACAACCUGGUCAGCCUGGUCAACCAGGUAGCCAGCCAGGAAAUCCAGGACAACCAGGACAGCCAGGACAACAGGGGCAGCUUGGACAACCAGGACAACCGGGGCAGCCAGGACAACCAGGGCAACCUGGUGGACAACCAGGAUAUCCAGGACAGCCAGGACAGCCAGGUCAACCAGGGCAGCCAGGACAGCCAGGACAACCAGGGCAGCCUGGACAACCAGGGCAGCCAGGACAACCAGGACAUCCAGGACAACCAGGACAACCUGGCGGACAGCCAGGACAACCUGGCGGACAGCCAGGACAACCUGGCGGACAGCCAGGAUAUCCAGGAUAUCCAGGACAGCCAGGACAGCCUGGUCAGCCAGGACAGCCUGGUCAGCCAGGACAACAGGGGCAACCAGGACAACCGGGGCAACCAGGACAGCCAGGACAAGGUCAGCCAAGCCAACCUGGUCAGCCGGGACAACCAGGGGAACCAAAUCAUAGUACCUCUCCACCUUGUGAGACAAAACCACCUAGCAAAAUUGUCUGCAACAAAGCAGGCUUCUACCCACAUCCUACGGAUUGCAAGAAGUUCUACCGCUGCGUUGACUGGGACGAUGGUAAAGGAGAGAGGUUCUCAGUUUACCACUUUGACUGUGCUCCUGGAACUAUCUGGGAUCCUGCAAUUGAAACCUGCAACCAUCCGGAGUCUGUUUACCCACCGAGAGAUUGCAGUGGAGGUGGAUCCUCACCGGGACCUAGCGAGGAAAGGAACAAUUCCACUGAACCAUCUACUGGGGGAACUGAACCAACCGAGGGAACUACUAACUUGGAGUCUACAAGUGAGGGUACUACUUACGAAUCAACGCCAGGAUCUACUACAGAAGACAAGACUACAGAGGGAACUACAAUCACGGAGAGCACGAGUGUUGAGACGACGUACCAAUCAACUACUGAGGGAACGACUAACACAGAGUCGUCUACUCCUGGUGCCACUGAGACUUCAACACCUGGAGCUACUGAGACUUCAACACCUGGACCUACUGAGACUUCUACGCCUGGAGGUACCGAGACCACCUCUGGAGGAACAGAGUCUUCAACUCCUGGCAAUACUGAGAGUUCAACUCCAGGUACGGAAUCAACAACAGACUCUACGACUCCUGGAAACACCGAGCUCUCCACGGAAGGAUCUACCGGAACCCAACCCAUGUCUACUGACUCACCCUCAACACUCCCCCCUGGAACCGACACCUCUUGUCCGACCCUGGAGGAGGGUCAGAUCCAUCUGGUCUGCCCCACUGGCUUCCGAAGACACCCUAAACACUGUAACCUCUUCUACCAAUGCACCAGCUCUCCAGACAAUCACGAUCUCAAGGUUUUGGUCUUGAGCUGUGUGAAUGGAACUGUCUACGAUGAAAAGAAAGUGCAAUGUUUACCUCCAGAAGAGGCAGCACCUUGCCAAGGGACGAUGAUGGCUCGAAGACUGACCAGAAGACUGGCUGAUGGAUCUAUGCCUCCUGUGGAGGUCACCACCCGUCGCAGUCUCUGCCCGGCCGAAGGUCACUUCCCCUACGAGGGAGACUGCCUGAGGUUCUACAAGUGUCGUCGGUCCAACGGCCGCAUGCACGGCGCCCUCUUCCAGUGUCCAGAGGGCUACGUCUUCUGGGACGUCUCCAGAAGGUGCGAGAAGUCGGCGAAGAUCCCAGAAUGCUCGAGAGGAGGACCCAAGAGACUUUGGCGCCCGACUAGCGCGCCUUUAGAAACAACUGAACUCGGCGUGCGGUAGUUAGGUUAGGUUAGGCUUCCCCCCAAAAUGAAAUACUUUCCCGCGUUCACGACAUAGAUUCGUAGCGAACGAAAACACACGAAAAGUUCAAAUUGUAAAGAAAUGCGCGUAUGAACACAAAUUGUUAGGUUAGGUUUAGUUAGGUUUCUCUUUCAAAUUAAUUGCUUUACCGCAUUUACGACGGAGUUUUAUAGUGAAUGAAUUUCAUACAAAAUGUUUUUAGUUUAAAAUAUGCACGUAUGCACACACAAGUUUUAGGCUGGAUAGGUUUCCCUCCAGAUUAAAUGUUUCCCCCGUUUAUGACGCAGUUCAUUUUAACAACCAAUUCCCAUACAAAAAAUUACAAUACUAUAUUUGCUCAGGUCUUUACUCAUCUGUUAUGUAUUAUGUGUAACUAAUAAGACAUUCGCCCAAAACAGUAUAAAUUUUAGCAAUUGUAAAUUGGUUAAAUUCUCUAAAUACUGCCUUACACCUACACUGCUUUUUCUUAAACGUGCAUUAAAUAUCAUAUUACAAAUAUACAUACUUAACAAAUUGCAACUUCGACUUAACUAAGGAAACUUGCAAUAUUCCACGUGCCAAACCAUUAGUAGCCUUUAAGUUCGUUUUCCACGUUAGGCCUAUCUAGGAUAAGUUAGAGUUAAGAAAUUAUGAUCAUUUAGUCAAGAGAAACAGGAUUUCCAAACAUAAACACCAUUUUAAAUGUGUUUAUACUAUAAGAAUAAGAUGUUGUAAACAUGUUUAUUUAUUUAUGUUUAACACGAACGCCAUGGUCAUUGAUUUAGUAAUAAAAUAAUUGAAUUCGUAAUUAGCGGACUAAAUGAAAGGCAUUAAAACAUUGUUUAAUGGGAAAAUUUAACUUGAAAUUUAUUUUUGGUCAAUAUUAUACUAGUCCGCUGCACCCUGUGAAUAUAAAUAAGCUUAGGUGUAAAUGCUUUAUUUAUGUGCAUAAUUUGUACUAGGCCAUAUAAUGGUGUUAACUUGUUGGAAAUACACCAUUACUUCGUUUCAUAUCGAAUAUUCCGUUUAGAUUUCUGCACAUCUUUUACUUGCAGAAAAGUGCAUUAUUCAAGAAAGUUGUUUCAUUCACUACAUUGCAAAAUAUAUUUUUGUUUUUGGUUCAAAUUUCGUUAAAAAGUUAUUUGCGAAAAUCUCCAAUGAAACGAAGACUGAUGAAUUUUCAUUUCGGUGAAGGUUUUUAACAAUGACAAAUUUGGUUGUACAGCUCAAAAGAAGCUCAAUGUAGUAUGUGAGUAGUGUGACAAAUAAAAUUUGCUAUGUAAGUUUUAACACAUUGAAUCAACACUCUUCACAACGAGAGUGUGUUUUACUAACUUAUUUAUUGUUUAGAUUUAAGUUAGCGAAAUUGUCUUUGUGAUAUGCAAAUGAACGAAUGAUAUGAUGAAUAAAGAUAU